GCAGAGUAGCAGAAACCUUGUGAUAAGUUAUUGAACAUAGCCUCGCAGAUCCGUCAGCCAGCUGAACUGCGUCCAAAACAAAGUUAGAGGGAUACACAUUUGGGAAUUGACGUCUAACUUUCCAACAGCUAUUUUUCAAAAUGACAAUGCGACUUAACAAGAGGUGUGGGUAGAUAUAAUGCAUUAACUAGCUUAGGUGGCUCGGAGAAGUAGCGGGGCUUGUAGUGUACGUUAGCCGUUAGCUAGGAUGCUAACGCUGCGGUGAGCUAAUAGAAGCCGUUAGCUAACGGUAACGUUGGCAUGCCGGAAAACCCAGCAACAGCCUUUAGGAGUAGACGCUUUUGCCUCAGUUGCCUUCAACAGCUCGGCGUUUUAAAAACCGGCUCACUGGCUAUGUCAGCCAGGUAGCUUGAGCUGUGUAGGCCAAACCAAGACAGGGAUAACCAUUGUUCUACGUUGCCUUUUGCUGCCUGGUAAAAAACGACUCCAGGAUGGGGAUGUGCUUGCCGUGCCUCGGUGGGGCGGCAGACGACGUUGUUGUCACUCCAGAUCCAGAGAUAAGGAGACGGCAGUUAGCUGAGGCCGCUGAGAAGAGACAAAAAGAGACAACAUACAGGGGUGUCAAAAAUCCAGAUGCUGUCGAGAGGAAAAAGAAAAAACAGGAAGAGAUUGACAAACAGGAGAUGACCACCUCGCAGUCUCGUGGCGGCGGGUUGAAGUGGCAGAUGGGCUGAAAAUCCAGAUAAUCAAAAUCUUGACGUAACAUGAAGUAUCACCUGAAAGAUGAUUUGUAAGAUGUUUGGACUUCUUAUUUUUUUUUUGCCUAAUUCAUUAGAAAAAAGACAAGUUUUCAUGCUUUACGCAAAACACUGAAGUGAUGACUAACAGAACAGCAGGACUUGUUGCCAACUUAUACAAGUUGUUCGGACCUUUUGGACAAGUCAGGGAAGACACAGGAAAUCUGUAAGCAACUUUUGUCUUAAUAGACAGUCUUACGGUGACUUUUACAAGAUGACCCCAAAUGAUCUGAUUAUUAUUUACCUGGGGACUGUGUAAUGAGAAUUUGUUUGUACAAUCAUUUUUGAGAUUAAGUCAUGACGUACUUGACAAAAUAUGCAGCAUGCAAUAGAAUACUGCAGAAUAAUAUAAAACAACACUACUAGACACUCUCUACCAAGUAAAACUGUAAGAGUGUCACUAGGUUACACUGCUGUUUAACUUAUGCACAUGGCCUAUUGCACUGGUCCAUUACUUUACACUGUCCAUUACACAAACAUUUGAGUUUGUGGCAUUGAAUUGGAAUGUUUGCAGAACCUGGAUGUGAUGACCCCUUAAUUGGAAUGAAGUUGUUGAAAAUGUGUUUUUGAAUUACCAAUGUAAGCUUUUAUUCGAAAUUUUGCACACGCUUUGCCCGCAUUUGGUGAACAGCAAACAUGGUCGCUCGAACUCUUACGUUUGGAGAGAUUUUUUCCACCAAAACGAAGAGCGAAAGCAACUGAAGGAAAAGAACAAGUGAAGUGUGUACAGUACGUAGUGAAGUAUUUACUUUGACUUACUUAACAAAGUGCAUUUCUUAAAGCCUUGAUCCUAAAAGGACUUCUGGUGCUUUUGCAAUUUUGUAGAACAGGAAAUCUAAACUACUGUUUUUUUGCUACAAUAAAUCACAUUUCUGCUA